GUUUUAAGAACCGCUAUGCGUUUCAUAAUGUAAAGUUAUGUGGUGAAGCAGCAAGUGCCGACGAAGCAAGUGCCCGGGCAUUUCCUCCCACUGUAAAGAAAUUGAUUCAGGAAGAAGGCUACACCUUAGACCAAAUUUUUAAUUUGGAUGAAACAGGUUUAUACUGGAAGCGCAUGCCAACAAGAACUUACAUUUCCAAGAAUGAAGCACAUGCUCCAGGCUUUAAGGCUGCGAAGGACCGUGUGACAGUGUUGUUGGGUGCAAAUGCUAGUGGAGACUUAAAGCUUAAGCAUGUGUUGAUAAUGCGCCAAGUCACUCUCCCACCAUUGCUGAGCUUUGACAAUAUCAAAGUGCUCUUUCUACCUCCAAAUACAACAUCUCUCCUUCAACCAAUGGACCAAGGAGUAAUAGCAGCCUUCAAAGCCUAUUAUUUGAGGCGUACAUUUAAGAAACUUAUUGAAGCUACUGAGGAAGAAAAUGAUAAGCAAGUUGGCUUUGCUGAAGUGGAAAGCGCAGAUGUUGAGGAACUGCUCGAGUCCCACUGUGAAGACCUCUCUACAGAAGAUCUACAACAGCUUGUUGCUGCUGGGGAAAUAGAAGAUGCCGAAGAUGAAGAAGUCCAGGAUGCAAAACCACGAGAGCUUCCCACUUCUGUUUUGUCUUCUAUCCUGAGGGAAGUUGAUAAGCAGUUGCAGAUCUUGGAAGACAAUGACUACAAUGCAAAAAGGAGCAGGAUUGCA